UGCACACUGUUCCCAUGGUCAGGACCAUCAUCGGCUCUCUCUGCUCAGUCAAAUUCACCACCUUCGCAUCGACGCUACUGAACAUGCAACGGUUUUGCCUCACGUCGGCUACCGCGCGCCCGGCGCCGCGUCUGGCACUUUCAGCGUCAAGUACGAAAUCGACACGAAUAUCUGCAGCGCUAGGCAUGGGUAGCCCUGAUAAGGGUUCUCACAUGUGCAGUGCCAUGGUCGCUACCUUGUCUUCUCUAUAACUUCCCCACUUUACCCCGCUCGCGCUCAUUUAUCGACUGUUGCUCUACGUGCGCUCCGACCUAUGCAUAUACCUCCCUCUACUCCUGAUUGUAUCCACGCAGUCUGUCAUCCCUUCUGUUCCUCUGCGCAUGAUGAACAACUUUCUCGACCUCGCCCACCAUCUUACUUUGACCUCUUUAGGCUACCGGUGUUUGGCUAAACCUGGCCACCACUCGCCACACUUCCUUUCCGCGCUCAAAGCCUCCAUCCCGUUUGCCUUCAGCUCGUAGGCGCACCCCAUCGGUUGUACUUGAAUAGCAUGCGGAUAAGAAUAUAGGAACGUCGUCGAUGUCCCUGAC